AUGGAGACGGAGACCGCAAGGUCUCCUGUCUCUCUCAGAAAAGGUGGUGCCGGUGGUGGUGCUGGAGCGGAUGGACGCUACCAGCACUCCUGGAGGUUCGCGCUCGUCUUCCCCAGCAAGGGGAAGAUUCUGGCGCAAGCGAACCAACUCUGCUACAGAGUUGGAUUCGCCAAGCGAGGGCGAUUCGCGCCGCGAAAGCCCUAA